AUGACGGUUGGCAUUUUCAGUUGGCUCUCUGGGCUGCUCCUAAACUGCUGGAUCCUAUCCGUGAACACCAAGGACUAUCGCGCAGGUAUCAGGUUGAGUCCGUGUGACCAGCUUCUGACUCUUAUGGGGUCAGCCAACUUGGUGCUGCAGACUGCGCUGAGCGCGGACAUCGUGCUGCUGACGUUUCGCUCAUACAGCGCGUACGUCACUCAGGUACACCGUAAGAUAUUGAGUGUGCAGAUGUUUCUGAUUUCUCUCAGCCUUUGGCUCACCGUCUGGCUCUCUGUCUACUACUGCCUGAGAAUUGUCAACUUCACCCACGGGUUGUUAUUUACUUUGAAGAUGAGAAUAUCAGCCUUUCUGCCACGGCUCCUGGUUUUCUCAGUUGUUCAUUCCUUCUUCAUUGCCAUCCCGUCGGUCUGGACCAUCUCCGUGAAAGUCUUGCCGAGUCCAUUCCAAAACAUGACAUUGAAUUCCACAAUAAAUCGAACCGAUCUGUCUAUGGAUUUCCACUACUUCAUGGUUAUCUUCUUGGGGUGUAUUAUACCUCUAUCCUUAACCCUUAUCCCCAUCGGGGCCACUCUGAGAUCACUCUGGAAACACACAAGAAGGAUGAAAAAGAAUGAUUUUGGCCGCCCCCAGAUUCAAGCCCACGUCACAGCGGCCAGGACCAUGAUCCUUCUAACCAUUCUGUACGUUAUGUUCUAUGUCGCGUCCAUCUCGGUGCUGUCCUGCUCGUUUAAUAUCAGAAGUAUUGAAAUGCACUUCAGUUGGUUUUUCAUAAUGUUUUAUCCCACAACCCAAUCCAUUGUUUUAAUUGCAGGGAAUUCCAAACUGAGGAAAGCUGCCAAAUCUUUCCAGAAACAAUGGACGUUAACUGAAUAG